CACUCUAUAAUCCCCCUUUUUAUACAUCACCAAAAUCGGAGUCUUUCUUACAUAAUAACAAGUCCCUGUCAAUUUUGCCUUAUCAAAAAAGUCUCAAACCCAUUUCUCUGAUCUGUACAUAAAUCAUCAAGAAAAUCAAACCCACACCCAGAAACCUACCCAUAGCAGAGAAUCAAAGAUGGGUUUUGCAAAAGAAGAGAAAUCAAGGAAAGUUUUGAGAGGGUUGAAGACUGUGUUCUUCUUGAUAACUAUGGUGAUUUCUUUCCUUGUAUUCACAGCACCAGUUCUUGUUGUAAUAGCAGACACUCUUCUUCCCUCUGCUCUUCUCUCUGCCUCUCUUUCUUCUUCUUCUUCAUCAAUACAAACAAUCGCUUCCCAUCUCAAUAACUAUGAUUUCAGAUACUCCCUCAUCGACAUCCCUAUCAUCUCCAUAGUCAGAUCAGCUAUCAUAAUCUGUGUGUACAGCUUCUGUGAUGGGCCAGGGCUUUCAAGAGGGCCAUAUUUGGGGAUCACAAUGAUAUGUUGUGCGGUUUCUUUGAUAUUUGUUUCAAUCAAGGCUUCCUAUGUGUUGAUUAUUAGCAAUAUUGGAGGAGUUGGAGGUGGAGAUGGGGGUGUUAAAGCUAUGGAGAUUGCUCUGUUUUUGUGUUCUCUGGUUCUGGCAAUUGCUCAUAUGUUUGUUGCAUAUAGGACUAGUUGCAAGGAGAGAAGAAAGCUCCUUAUUUACAAGAUUGACAUUGAAGCUGUUUCAGCUUGUAAAAAUGGGUUCCCUAGAUAUCAAAAGAUUCUCCAAGAAGAAAGAGUGAAGUGACUAAACCCAUAACAAUCAAGGAUAUAUAUACAUACAUUAUUGGCUAACCAAACUCUUCAAUAUUGGGUUUCAGGUGUAUCCGAAGGAUUUACCUGCAACUUGCCAAAUCAUUGAAGGAGGAAGCUAGUUAAUAUGGCGGCUUAGAGGUGUAUAUAUACAAGCCCAAGAGGUUUUGAUAGUUAGGAUACCUUUGGCAUUCAUUAAUGUUUUUGUUUCUGUCAUGACAUGUACAGUAAUUAUAUUUUUUAUUUUGCAAUCGCCUAGAAAAUUACAUACGACCUGAGAUGAUGUAUGGUUCUCAGUGUUGGGCUAUUAGAAUACAACAUAUCCAAAAAAAAUGUGUAGCAUAGAUGCGAAUAUUUUGUUUGGAUGUAUGAUCAAAUGAGAAAACGUAAGAUAUUAUUAAAAAUUAAACGAUUCGAUACGA